CUGAGAGGCAGCAGGUCGAGAACGGUGCCAUGCCCUUGACUGAGCCUCGUAUUGCCGUCGACGUUUUGGGCACCGGAUACACAAUGAGUCUGGGCGUCGACGAGAACACCACAGCCAGGGACCUGAUCAGGAAGGUCGGCGGACGGACACAACGGAGAUGCAGCACAGAGCUCUGUGCGUCCGUCUCUGAGCGUGUGUCGUGUUCUCCGCGUGCAGAUCCACACAUUCACAAGGCAACACUGUCCAGAGAGGCACUUCGAGAUGGAUCUCUAUGUCAACAUAAGGCCGGUGCUGCACGAGGACAUCAAAAUCAAGGACAACUGGUGAGUGACAGACAGCUGUGGUGGCACAUACAUACAGAAAAACACCACGACGGCAGGACAGGAGCGUAUGUGUGUGCGUUUCCUGUCUGUCUGUCUGCCUCAGCGAGGAUACGGAUAAAUCUAUGGCGGUCCCUCGCACGACAACGUCAGCCACGCUGGUGCCCUCUCGGCAGUGGACGCGUUGGCGGCGGACGUACACGCCUUUGGGCGAGGAUGAGUCGAGAUGAAGGAGUGGGACCGGCGCAGCUGUGACCGGCCGCGUGGGAGUGAGGACACUGCCUUAUGCCCGAGUCACUCGCCCAUGCAGACACACAAACAGACAGACGGGGAUGGGUACUCUUCUCUGUACAAGGGCUGGCUGACUGACUGACUGGCUGACUGACAAGGGGGGAUGCUCAGUGCACCAUAGAGUAGAGUGUGCGCAUGGCAUGCCCAUGUGCUCUGUGACGUUUCCCUUUGACUGAGGCGCCAAGUAGUUUUUAUUCGGUUCGUUCACGGGCUUUCUUUCUGCCCCCAAUGCUUGCUUUAUCGUGUGGGUGUAUGGUGUGGUAUGCGUGUCGGCUUGGCUUUAUUGGAUUGCAUCCAUCAGACAGACACAGAAAGACCAUUGCUGAUGUUAAGUGCAUCUAUCUAUGCAUCCAUCCAUCCGUGAAUGCAUUUCAAGGACGUGUGUGCGAU